AUGGCCUCCGGAAAUUACACGAUGGACCUUGCGAAGUUCGCGGCUAGCCUCACCUCUAAAGCGCUGCCAAAGAGCCUAUACGGCUCUCUCCCGAUACUCGUACUCGACAUCGUCACCGCCAUGCUGACCGGCAUGGUCCAACCCGUCUACAAAUCGUCAACCGAGGCACUCACCUCUAUCCACGGCAACGGGGGACCCCAAUUAGUCGCAGCCAUCGACGGCACAGAAACCACAAUCUUCGGCGCAAUGUACCUCAACGGCAUCGCAGCCGGUGCAUUCCAAAUCGAGCACGUCGUUUUGAACGCGCACCCGUCCUCCUCCGUCCUGCCCGCUCUACUAGUCUACGCCUCCACCAGGAACACAACCACCACCGGCGAGGACUUCCUCACCGCCCUCGCCGCAGGCUACGAAGUCUGCGCGCGCAUCGGUCUCGCAUCAGGGGCCUCGGUACAAGACGAGCGCGGCUUUCACAACCCGGCCAUCAAUGGACAACUCGCCGCCGCGGCAGCGGUUGGCAACCUCCUCGGUUGGGACGCCGAGACCAUCGCGUCCGCCAUGGGUGUCGCGGCGUCGAGCUCGGGCGGGCUCGUGGCCUUCCAGACGACGGAUGCCAAGACGAAUCAGAUCCAUCCGGGCCACGGCAGACCUUUGGGAAUCGAGGCUGCGCUCAUGGCUCGCGCGGGCGUCACGGGACCGCCUGAUGUGUUGGAGAACGAGAUGGGGUUCCUGCACGCCUUCUCGCCGGAACCGAACGCUACCGCGCUCACGGAUCAGCUUGGUGAUCGUUGGGAUUGCGAGGCGACGACGGCGAAGCACUAUCCCAUGCACUCGAGAUUCCAAACGCUCGUUUCCAGCAUACAAGAUUAUAAAAAGAAGGAUCCCUGGGACAAGGAGGUGAAGGGGGUCACGGCCUACGCCGGUCCUCGUCUCUUGCGGGAAUCGCAUCAGAUCGCUCACCCCAAGACGCUGGAUCAAGCACAGUACAGCGUCUUGUUUUGCCUUGCCGCGGCGGUGCUGCUGGACUUGAGCAGUCCGUUUAUCUUCAACAAUACUCUAGUGGGGAAUGAAGCUGUGCAGAAGCUCUCAGGAGAAGUCAUCAUGGAGCAAGUUUAUGACGACGAGAGGACAGAGGGCGGAUAUGUCGUUGUGUCGUUUUCUGACGACAGCACUGUCAACAUCACCGCAACGUACAGCGGGUACACCGGGCUGUACGAAAAUCCUGAUUAA